UGCUACAGCGCUCUUUGCUGCUGCUGUCACAGUCGUAACAUGAUUUCUCGUCCUUUAUUGUAAUUAUUCAAUUGUACAUUUAACAUAAGAAUCUCUUAACGAAGCAAUUUUAUUUGAAUCGUCAUGGAUUAUAAAGACGAGCAACACAAUGAGAUCGAAGCGUUGGAGUCAAUUUAUUGUGGAGAAUUGGAAAUUUUAGCUACAGAACCAUUUUAUACGUUUGCCAUCCCAAUUAAAACUGAAGAGUAUGAACCCGAGACUGCAAAUGGUCUGAGUUGUCGUUUAGAGUUUACGUACACUGCAAAGUAUCCGGAUGAGCCUCUUAUUAUAUCGAUAGAGGAUGAGGAGAACUUUGAAGAAAGUAGUGCAGAGAAAUUAAAAGAACAUUUAAUAGAACAAAUGAAUGAAAAUCUAGGAAUGGUUAUGGUAUUUACUUUAGUUAGCGCCGCUCAAGAGUGGCUUAAUGUACAGUGGGAUAAAAUUAAAUUAACAAGAGAGGAGAGUGCAGCGAAAAAACUGAGAGAGCAGGAAGAAGCAGAAAGGAAAAAGUUUGAAGGAACACGAGUCACCGUGGAAACGUUUCUAAGUUGGAAGGAGAAAUUCGACGAAGAAAUGGGAUACACAAAGCGGAGAGAAAUGGCUGAUCGAGAAGGAAAGAAGUUAACGGGCAGGGAACUGUUCAUGACCGAUAAAACAUUGGAUCAAUCGGAUCUUAAAUUCUUAGACGAUGAUUCCGUUAAGAUAGAUGAAAGUUUGUUUCAAAAUCUGGAUGAUCUAGAUCUGGAGGGCGACGACGACGACGAUGAUCCUGAUUAUGAACCAAACAUUUCUGACGAUAGUGCCUAAAAUAAAUACACUGUAUAUUCUGCGUAACUACUUAUAAGAUGAUCCCAAGAACUCUUAAUUAUCAAAUACGCGCAAUGAUUAGUACUUGAAAGUUUAUUUUAAGUGCUAAACGUAGGCACAGGUUAACCUGUUCCGGAGCAAAUACGCUAGUACAAAAUGGAUUUGUUAAAAAUUCAUUGGUGCUGUCUGCAUUUUAUACCACGAUUAAAGCAUGUUGAUAUUUGUUAUACGUGCACGUGAGAUGGAAGGGAAAUAUUUAAUAAGGAAAAUAAUUUUUAUAAUCAUGUACAUAGGAUCAUUUUCAUAAAGUAAUUCUUUAACAAACCAAGAAGAAAUCAUUCUUUCCCGCGCUGAGAAAUGAAAUAAAUAGGCGCACUAACGAUCAUA